CAGUAUAUCAAAAGUCUCGCACAAUUAACCAACACAUUGAAAAAUCCUCCAAUGGCAAAGGAUUCAGAAAUCUCAGUCGCCGGCGAUCUUAUCGACUUUCUUAACGCUUCUCCCACCGCCUUCCACGCCGUCGAUGAAGCAAAGAAAAGAUUAAAAGUUGCAGGAUAUGAACAAAUAUAUGAAAAGGGAGAUUGGAAUUUACAACCUGGAAACAAGUAUUUUUUCACCAGGAAUUAUUCCACUAUUGUUGCCUUUGCUAUUGGUAAAAAAUAUGUUGCUGGAAAUGGAUUCCACAUAGUUGGUGCUCAUACUGAUAGUCCCUGUCUUAAGCUGAAGCCUGUUUCAAAGGUAUCAAAAGCUGGUUACUUGGAAGUUGGUGUUCAAACAUAUGGAGGAGGUUUGUGGCAUACAUGGUUUGACCGUGACUUAACAAUUGCUGGAAGAAUGAUAAUCAAAGAAGGAAAAGGCACCUCUGCAUCUUACUCGCACCGACUUGUUAGAAUUACGGAGCCUAUAAUGCGAAUUCCAACCCUGGCAAUCCACCUGGACAGGGGUGUCAAUGAUGGAUUUAAGGUGAACACACAAACUCAUCUGGCGCCUGUCUUGGCAACAUCUGUUAAGGCCGAGCUCAAUAAAGUGGUUACCGAAAAUGGCCCAGAUGGGAAGCCCAUUGAAAGUCCAAACACUUCCAGUAACCAGAAGCAUCAUUCUCUUCUUCUGCAGCUUCUUGCGGCUCGUGCUGGGUGUAAAGCAGAUGACAUUUGUGAUUUUGAGUUACAAGCAUGUGACACUCAACCAAGCAUAAUUGCUGGCGCAAUGAAGGAGUUUGUAUUCUCUGGAAGGCUUGACAAUCUUUGUAUGUCUUUCUGCUCCUUGAAGGCGUUAAUAGAUGCUACUGGGUCAGACAAAAGUCUUGAAGAUGAGAGUGGUGUAAGAAUGGUGGCAUUAUUUGAUCAUGAGGAGGUUGGUUCUAGCUCAGCACAAGGAGCUGGAUCUCCAGUCAUGUUUGAUGCUCUAUCCCGCAUUACAAACUUCUUUUCAUCAGAUGCACAGUUACUAGAAAAAGCAAUGCAAAGAAGCUUUCUGGUGUCUGCUGACAUGGCUCAUGCCUUGCAUCCAAAUUAUAUGGAUAAACACGAAGAAAAUCAUCAACCAAAAUUGCAUGGUGGGCUUGUGAUUAAACAUAAUGCAAACCAACGAUAUGCCACUAAUGCUGUCACUGCCUUCAUAUUCCGGGAAAUAGCCACCAACCAUAAUCUUCCAGUUCAGGACUUUGUUGUUCGAAAUGACAUGCCAUGCGGUUCAACCAUUGGGCCCAUAUUGGCAAGUGGGACUGGAAUCCGGACAGUUGAUAUUGGAGCCCCACAAUUAUCGAUGCACAGCAUACGGGAGAUGUGCGCAGUGGAUGACGUGAAUCAUUCGUACAAGCAUUUGAAGGCAUUUUAUGAAGACUUCACUUGUCUUGAUGCCAAGAUUGCAGUUGAUGUUUAGGCCUGUUGACUGUUUUAGCAUCAAACACCUCUAUUUCAUGCUUUCACAGUUUAGUUUGCUUUCUCACUCGUGUAACAUUGUGCUUUAAAGAAUUUAUAAUGAAUCAAUGAAGUUGGUCUAUAGGCCUGUUGACUGUUUUAGCA